AAAACAAAGAAACAACUUUAUUGUUGUUCUUCAGUUAUUUUCUUCUCAAGAUAUCUUUGGGUUUUUCUUCUUCUUUUUUCUGUUUUCUGAAAGAUAUGAACAUUUUCAAAUUCUUUUUGCUUCCAUUAAUUUUGAUAUUUUCAGGGAAAUUUAUUAUCACCAUCCAAGGUGUCUCAUAUGAUUAUUCUGCCACAACUCAGUGUUUGGGAAAGCCAAGAAGGGUUCAUGAUGGGGGAGGGAUGAUAGUGAAUCCAGAGUUCAACAAUGGAAUUGAAGGUUGGAAAGUGUUUGGAGGAGGAAAGAUAAAGGAAGGAUGGUUGAAGCAUGGGAAUCUCAUCAACACCUUCAUCGUAGCUCACAAUAGGACUUCCCCAAGGGAUACUUUUCAUCAACUGCUUCAUCUCCAACAGCAUUACCUCUAUACUUUCUCCGCUUGGGUUCGAUUAAGUGAGGGAAAUGCACCUGUGGCUGUUGUAUUCAGAAAUAGUAAAGGGGGUCAGAUUCUUCAUGGUGGUGAAACCAUGGCCAAACAUGGAUGCUGGAGUUUGCUCAAAGGUGGCAUCGUCUCUAAUUUUACAGGCCAAGCGGAGGUUAUUUUUGAGAGUACAAAUACAGCAGUGGAAAUCUGGGUUGAUAAUGUCUCACUACACCCAUUUACAAAGGAGCAAUGGCGAUCCCACCAAGACGAAAGCAUUAACAAGGUGAGGAAAAGCAAGGUGAGGUUGCAAAUAACUCAACCAGACAACAGUAAACUAGCAGGUGCAAAAGUCCUCAUUGACCAGAAAAAACCAAACUUCCCAUUUGGGGCAGGAAUGAACUAUCACAUUCUCCUUAGUAAAGAAUACCAACAGUGGUUUGCAUCAAGAUUUGCCUAUGCCACUUUCACCAAUGAACUUAAGUGGUAUAGCACUGAGAAAGUACAAGGCCAAGAGAACUACACCGUCCCUGAUGCAAUGCUUGAGUUUUCCCAACAACAUGGUAUUUCAGUAAGAGGACACAACAUUUUCUGGGACAGUCCAAAAUACCAGCCAGAAUGGGUUAAGUCACUCUCCCCUCAAGAUUUAAAGGAAGCAGCCGAUAGAAGAAUCAACUCCGUGGUUAAGAGAUAUUCUGGAAAGUUUAUCCAUUGGGACGUCGUGAACGAAAACGUGCACUUCAGAUUCUUUGAGGACAAACUUGGUGAAAAUGCCUCUGCAGAGUACUUCAACAUAGCACAUAAACUCGACAACAAAACACUUCUUUUCAUGAAUGAAUACAAUACCAUGGAACACGAUUACGAAAAGACAUCAACCCCAGCUAACUUCAGAAAGAAACUCCUCGAAAUCCUGUCGUAUCCCGGGAAUGAAAACAUCCCAGCAGGAAUCGGCUUGCAGGGCAACUUCGGCCCUGCUGCACCCAACUUGCCAUACCUGAGAUCCGCUUUGGACCUUCUAGGAUCAACAGGCUACCCCAUAUGGAUCACAGAAGUGUUUGUUCAAGAAACUCCAAAUCAGGCACAAUACUACGAGGAAGUUCUGAGAGAAGGGUACUCACAUCCUGCAGUGAAGGGGAUAAUCACAUUUGCUGGCCCAGUAUCCGCAGGUUUCACUACUCUACCGCUUGUGGAUAUGAAUUUCAAGAACACACCAGCAGGAGAUGUUGUGGAUAAGCUUUUGGGUGAAUGGAAAUCUCCCAGCUUUGAAAUUACAGCCGACGAUGAAGGUUUUGUUGAUGCUUCGUUGUUCCAUGGAGAUUACAAUGUGAGGGUGCAACACCCUCGAACCAAUUCCUCCAUUUCUGUAAGUAUCAAAGUGACUGAAGAAGCCGCUCAUCGAACCUUGAAUCUCCAACUCCCUCAUAACUGACCCAACCUCGUUUAUGUAUUAACAAAUGAAUACAUGAUUGCGUUAUAUUAAAUAACAUUAAAGUUAAUUAAGGUUAUAAAGAUGAAAUUAUGAAAAAUUUAA